UCGUUAAAAUGUGUGUUUUACUAGUGCUGUUGUUGAUUGUGAAUGUACAAAGGGCUGCACUGGAUCAUCGCCAAGUCAGUAUUGAUUUUGAGCAAGCGUUCCGAGAUGGCAGACUGCUUCCGAGAUUUUGGACUAGUACCGGAAUGUGUCCACCAGCGCCGCGUGAGAAGGCCGCCGAUUUUUUGCUAUCUAACGAUAGUUUACUCAAUUUCGAAAUUAUCGGCGGUUUGCCCAAUGCCGGACUCAAAUACGUUCGAAUCCAUUGGCUGUUGGAGAUGAUUCAAUUUUCGCAUUAUGACGAAAAUAAGUUGUUAUUUUACAACUUCUCUCGACUGGAUGCAUUGCUUGAUAAGAUUUACGAAUAUGGUCUACAUCCAGGAUUCGAGCUAAUGGGAGCUCCUGGUAAUAUUUAUCCGAUGGAAAAGAAACGGCGAUUUUCGUAUUUUUGGACAGAUUUAACGAUGCAAAUAGCAUUAAGAUAUUUACACCGCUUCGGAGUAGAAUACGUGGCAAAUUGGCGAUUUGAAACUUGGAACGAACCAGACUUAAAGAACUACAACACAUUAAAUUUCACCACCGACGAAUACAUUAACUACCUUCAAUCGGUUCGAUUAGGUUUAGAUGCUGCUGGUCGUCUACUAAACAACAUUCAUCUACCCCUCAGAGGACCUGCAGGUUUAUUUCGAACAGAGCAGAACCACCCGUUUUGUUGGACUGCGUUGCAACUAUGCAAUGAUUAUCCUCGGAACUGUCCCUUUGAUGUUAUUUCCUUCCACCGGAAGGGAAGUGGUACGAGAGCGGAUGAAAUUGUGAACGGCGAAUCGAUGUUAAUGAAUCAAAUAUGGGACAAGUAUCCAAAUUUGCUCGAAUUUAAAUAUUCAAAUGACGAAGCCGACCCAGUUGCUGGUUGGUCAACGCCACGAGAAUUUCAAUCAAACAUGAAAUAUGGUGCAAUGUUAGUAUCGACCGUUCUUCAACAUUGGUCAACAAAAACUAACAGCGUACAGUCGCAUUUAGAAUCAAUCUCGCACGAUAACGGAUUUCUCAGCUAUCACCCCUUUGAGUUCGAUCAGCGCACAUUACUGGCGCGGUUUCAGAUGAACGAUACAAAACCCAAACAUGUGCAGUUUGUUGUUAAGCCGGUAUAUUCAUCACUUGGAAUGUUGACCAAUCUCGGCCCGCAGGCUACAGAUACCUUGUUUUUGGAGGGUAAUCUCAGUUAUAUUGUUUCGUAUAAUCGGGAUCCAUUCUAUUCUUGUGUACUAUUGUCACUAUCGAACGAUACAUUUGAUCCAACAACCAAAAGAAGUAAUAUAACGCUGAAAUUCGCAAUUGCCGAAGAAUCAACCAAACGUCGAAUUGGUUACAUUGUGGAAGGACUGCAGGAAAGUUUGAAUGAUCCUAAUUCGAUUUGGAUUCAUUACGGAAAACCAUCUUACCCAACAGCAGAUCAAUUUGCCAGUAUGAGAACUGUGCAGUUUCCUAGUGUUUUGAAAGGUCCAGAAAUGGUUUCAGCAAAUACAAAAAACAUAUCGUUGAAUCUCAACCUAAGGGCUCCUUGGAUUGUUAUGGUUCGAUUGUGUAGUGAAAUGGUCCCUGCGCCGAGUCAAGUAACGAAUAUUCGUAUACGUAGGAUUUACACCUACGAAGCUGUGAUAUUUUGGAGUGAGGAACCCUCGGUAACCAGGUGCAUUGUUGGGUACGAGGUGUGGUUCCGUGCAGAUCAAACCCAAUGGAUACAGAUUAAUUCAGGGCACUGUACGCCGUUUCUUUGGUUCCAAUUUGUAUCCAACACAACUAUCGGUUUAACAGGUCUGUAUCGCGUGCGAUCCGUGGAUAUGUUUGGACGUUAUGGAGCUUUUUCGGAAACAAAAUAUUUUAAUGGCUGAUAUUUAACAACUCGGAAUUCGUUGCAGGCGUUUAAUGCUGAUCAAAUCUUUACCUCCAUCCCACUGUAGUAAUUUUAUGUUUUAUUUAGUUUAAGGUUAGUUGAGGUAGGACACGAAUACUGUAAAUAAAGUAUCGUCAAUAGUUAAGGGAUUAAAUACCAUUUCACUGCGUAUAAUAUCCUAUAAAUUAGCUCUAAAGUAACUCGGGAGUAGGAACGAACGGAGAAUUGGACGCACUGGACCAUUUCAUAAUCAAGUUAGCAGACAACAUAAGGGAGAGAGUAAUGAUUUUAGGCGACCCUAACCCAUUAUGUCCUAGCGUAUGAAAUUUCAUACGCAUAAACAACACAUUUAUGGAUCAUGCUUGUUGUACAAUAAAGGCGUUUUCAAACUUCUGGUAUUCUGUGCACGUUAAUUAAUGCCCUAUAAUUUAUAAUGUGUAUGCUCAAUAAUCUUUUUUUUUAAAUUCCAUUGUGGUUUCGAAUGUUAAAGUUGGACAAAAUUCUAACCAAAAUAUGAACAAUACAUAUUAUUAAAUUUCUCUUCUAAAUCACUAAUUCUUGUUUCGGAUUGAGAACGAAUGGCCAUGAGAGGUGUGAAAGAUGUGACUCAGUGCGAAAAAAUGGAAGAAAUUGGUGUAAC